AUGAUCCCCAACCAGCUGAAGGUCAGCUCUCCAGUUUCCAGGCAGGAAGAAGACAAAAUGGAUGGCAGGACUGGCUUUGAGCAGGACAGAGGCCAUGCCAGUUCAGGGCAUGGCCAGGGGCUGAAUUCGGAGCCCUAUUUCCAGACUGACUCUCUCUUGCCUUCCUCCAAUGCAUCCCUCAUAUCACAGUUCCUCAGCCACCCGAUGUUUGGCAGGAGCCUGGAUUCCACCAUCCUUUUCCCUUCCUCUCAGGCAGUUUCCCUGCCUCAGGACAAGUGUGGUGCAUCUCCUGGAGAAGGAGCACAAGCCCUGGCUUUCCCCAGGACCCGUGCCUCGGCUCCCAUGCCCUGUGCUGGUGAUGGGGACCAGCUCUCCAACCAGCACCUACGAGCCAAGAGGGCCAGGGUGGAGAGCAUCAUCCAAGGCAUAAGCCUCCCACCAACCCCUCAGGCAUUUGACACUAGCCUGGAGGCAGCUUUUAGGCAUGAGAGGGAGAGAGGUAGUGAGAUACCCCCGGAAAACAAGAGGAAGCCGAGGGUGCCCCAGCAGGGCCUGGGGGUGGCUGGACGAGUGGCCCCCAUGGGUGGCAGCUCCCAUGCCAAGGGCUGCCAGCAGCUGAAGGAGCAGCUCUGCUUUUUAGAGCAGCAGCUGAGGCGGCUUCAGGAAAAGUUCUACCAGGUCUAUGACUCUGCGGAUGCUGCUCAAACCCAGGAAGAUUCCGAGAAAGUGCAGCCGCUUCCUGAAAGGCCUAGAGACAGACUGGAUAAGGACAGUGCCACUGUCACCAGCAACCCCUGCAAAGCACCUCUCUGGAGGAGCAUCCUGGAGGUGUGUGGGCUGGAGGAGGACGAGGACAAAUGUGAUGCAGGUGGCCUGCCCAUGGCAGUGAGGGUCCUCUCGCAGGCACUGAAGCAUGAGCUGGCCGGGGUAACGUCCCAGGUGGUAGACUCUGUCCUGAAGACUGUCUGGCCGAAGGCAGCCAGCCACCUCCAGCAGCAGCACAACAGCUGCCUGGUGCUGAGGCCAGAUGCCAGGAGAGAGUAUUUUACUGGUGGGAAAUGCAGAAAGCCACUUGCUAAGCCAUCUCCCAUGAAUGCACCGGGCUCACUGGGCUCAGCUCAGGCUAAAGUCCUGCCAGGAACUUUGGAGAAGAGCCCGGGCUCUCAUGCUGGCUCCUUCAGUUCAAAGGGCAUCAGAAAAUCCUCUCAGAUACCCAGCAUGGGUUAUUCACUGGGCCCGGUCACCCCUGUCCAGGACAGCCAGCUGUUGAGCCAGCUGUUGGACUAUGGCCAGCACAGCCUCUGGGGCACCGACUCUCGUGGGAGCCCAUCUGCUCUGGAGAGGUGUCCUCCAGAGCCCCUCAGCUUACACUGGGGAACCGUCAAACUGAGGUCAUCGGUUGUGAGACAGCAGCAGCACCAUCCCCUGCCCCUGAGCCCUGCCAACAUGGAGAGUCUGGCACUGCUGCCGGCUGGCAGGGAUGGCCACAGCGACCUGCCAGCUGCGAUGGAUGGAGCACCCUUUGCCUCGACUCAGAUGCAGGAGGCGCUGACCCCUGGCCACCUGAAGAAGGCCAAGCUGAUGUUUUUCUUCACUCGCUACCCCAGCUCCACUCUGCUGAAGACCUACUUCCUUGAUGUGCAGUUCAGCCGCUGCAUUACCUCCCAGCUCAUCAAGUGGUUCAGCAACUUCCGUGAGUUUUACUACAUCCAGGUGGAGAAGUUUGCCCGACAGGCCCUGCUAGAGGGUGUUGCGGAUGCUUGCACCCUCCAGGUCUCCCGCGACUCAGAGCUUUUCCGUGCCCUUAACAUGCACUAUAACAAGGGGAACGACUUUGAGGUGCCAGGGCGGUUCCUGGAGGUGGCCAGUCUGACGCUGCAGGAGUUCUUCAGUGCUGUCAGGGCGGGCAAGGAUGCCGACCCCUCCUGGAAGAAACCUAUUUACAAAAUCAUUUCUAAACUGGACAGCGACAUCCCGGAAGGGUUCAAAGCUGCUGGCUGCUCCCAGGAACUGCUCCGCAGCUGAGUCUCUGUGAAAGCAGCCCCAGGUCCUGUGUGCAGCCAUCAUGUGUUUAGUACCUCAUGGGCACUGUGCACAGCAUACAUUAUUCAGAGUACU